GUAGAGCUUUUGUCCUAAACGCGGGGAUUCGGCGCCGUGGACCGCGCGAUGGAGGAGCAAAUCGAUCUGCGAGACGUGAUUGCUUUGGACGCUGAUGCUGCUGGCACUGUCUACGCGCUUUGGCGGAGCGAGGAUGGUGGCUUGCGGAUAGUACUCAUUGAUGGACGGCAAGAGGUGCUAGAUGCUCAGCAACGGCAGGCUUCGUUGCAAGACCCUGUGGCAGUAGCCAAACCGUUGGCCACACACGUCGUGCACACCAACCCGGCGGUGAACUUUGAUGCGCGGGGUCUGCGCGUGACCCCCAGCGGCCGCUACGUGGUUCUCUACGGCAACUCAAAUGAGGACUCGUCCGUUAUCUCACUUGCGGUGGUGGACCUACACGGCGGCCAGCCGCUGGCCACGCCGCCCGGAUCCACGGUGCGCCACAAGCAGUGCCGGCUGCUGGCGGUGGACUCGGUGCUGUUCGGCAGCAGGCCCGGACUGGUGCUGUGCCAGGUGUCGUGGCAUGCACACAGCGAGGAGCACCUGGUGGUCCUGACAAGCGACAACCGGCUGCGGCUGUACCACGUCACACACAGCUUGGCGGUGGCGGAGCAGACCCUGCACGUGGUGCCACAGGCAGGGCCACUGCCGCAGCGCUACGGCCUCAGCACCGCAGCCGCCGCGGCCGGCCACGGCGCCUCGCCAGGCCCUGGCGUGGCAGGCACCCCUGCGUCUCCCUUGGGCGGCAGUGCUGCUGGUGGAGCGUUGGGUUCCUCGGACGUAGUAGCGUUUGCUUUCGGCCCAGCGCUAGGCUGGGGGCUGUUCAGCAUCCUACUGUUGGGCAAUGACGGGCUGGUGUACUCGCUGGGGCCUGUGGCGCCGUUCGGCAUGCGCUGCUCUGGCGCGCUGCUGCAGCGGCUGGCGGCGGAUGAGGCAGCGGCGGAGGAGUGGCUGGCGGCGGUGUUUGGUAUUGAGGCGGUGGAGAACCCUGGGGCGCGCAGCCGCUGGCCAGUGCUGCCGCACGUGGUGGAGGAUGUAUCCCCGGCGCUGGUGGGACCCCUCAACCCGCGCCUGCGCCAGGAGCUGCCGCACCUUACCGCUCGUGCCGUGGGCCUGGCCGUCGCGCACACCAUCACCGCCGCCUCGUCCUCGGCUUCCACAGCUAACGGCGCCUCCGCCGCCGGCCCCGCGCCCUCCUCCGUCAGCACCGCCGUGGUGGGCUAUGCCGACGGACGGCUGCUUGCGUACGCGGUGGCCGGUGCCUGGGUGCCGGCCUGGUGCGACCACGCGCCGCAGUACAUGACAGCCAGUGGCACAGCCGGCUCCGCACCUAGCGCCGUCCGCUACCGCUGCACGCUGCGAUCAGGGGCCGGAGCCGGCGGUCUGGCGGCGGGCCUAGGCCUGGCGUUUGCGGCUGCCGCGGGUGAGGCGGCACCAGCGGCGGUCACGCCGCGCAUGGUCCUGCUGGAUGUGGUUGAGCUGCCCAUGGACGAGGGGGCGGCAGCGCCGCCGACACAAAAGGCAGUUGUGGCCGUGGGUGUGGCUGGCACGCCCAGCAGCAGCGGGCGGUUCGGGCUGGCGGACGUGGACAGCGAGGACGAGGAGGAGGACGAGGAUGGGGAGCUGUACGGCGCGGGCGGCUCCGCGGUGCCGCGGCGGCCCAUGAACCUGCACAUGCAGGCGGCCGCGGCGGGCGCUGCCGCCGCGACGGCGUGGGUGAGCCUGCGCAGCCGCGGCUGCUGGAGCGUAACGCUGCCCUGGAGCGCGCUGCUGCCUCGGUGGCUGGGCGGCCCGGGCGGCGCAGCGGCAGCUGAGGCGCUGCCCAGCGACCUGCCGGCGCCAGUGGUUAAGUGCGUGCACGAGGUGGCGGCGGCAGCGGCCGGCUCCAUGACGCCGGCGGGCGCGGCCACGGCGGCGGGCGGCGCGGCGGUGGUGGACAGCUGCCUGCUGGCUAACCCGCUGCUGGGCGGUGGGCUGCUCAUGCUCAGCCGGUCAGGGACGCUUCACUACUACCAGCCUGCCGGCGCGGCGGAGCUGGUGUCGCACCAGGCGGCCGCGGCGGCUGCCGCUUCUACGCCGGGUGGCGCCAGCGCCGCCGCCGCUGCAACGGGCGGCGCCGGGCUGUCACCUCUGGCUAGCCCUGAGCAGCGCAAGGCGGCUGUGGAGGCUCACAUCCGGGCGGUUUACAGCAGCCUAAUAGCGCCACCAGCAGACCGCAAGCUGCCCAAGCCGCCGCCAGGUGCGCCUACGCCGCUGACGGUGGCCAUCCCGGAGGGCCUGCGCCACCUCACCGACUGCAUCGCCGCACUGCGCGCUACCCACAUUCCCUUCCUCACCGGUGCCUCGCUGGAUCUGACGGCGCGCGCGGACGCGCUGCGGGCCGAGGCCGCCAAGCAUGCCGCCGCGGUGGCGGACCUAACUGACCUUGCGGCCGCGGCGGAGGCACGGCAGGCGUCGCUGGAGGCGCGUGUGGCGCGGCUCAAGAGCCUGCACGAGAACCUGGUAGAGCGGGCAGGCGUGCUGGCGAGCCUGCACUGGUCGCUCCCGCGCGCGCUGUCCCAUGCCGAGCGCGACAUGCGCGACCAGCUGUCCGCCCUGGAGUCGCGCGCAACCUCGCUGGAUAAGCAGUGGGGCGCAUUGGCGAGCCGGGCGCGGCGGCUGUGCGAUGAGCGCCGCAGUGCGUCAGGGCCUGGCGGCGCGCUGCGCGCCGGCACAGGCGUCAAGAUGGCGACAGUGCCGGAGUCGCAGCUAGAGAAGGUGCACGAGGCUGUGGUGGCGCAGUACCGCGGCCUGACGGCGGCGCGGGCGGCCCUGACGGCACUGGAGCAGCAUGCGGCGGCAGCGGUAGCGGACCGUACCGCGGAGCAGCUGGAGAAGGGUUUGGGGCUGGGUGGCAGCAAUUCUGCCAAGAUGGCUGGGCUGGGCGUGGCAGCUUGACGUGCUAGGAAGGCAUUGCCAAUGGGGGACGCUUGUAGCAUCUGGCUUGUGGGGCAGGUGGUGGCACGCAGUGCAUGGCGCGCGGCUCUGGCGGAACUUUACAACGGCGUUGAUAAGUGUUAACGUUUUAUGGCCGUGGCAGGCAACAUAUGGGGACUGACACCGCUUCAUACAAUGUAACGUUGUAUGCGUACUCUUGGGGCCGGAUGCGUGGGCCGGAUGGUCUCUCACGGUCUCACCGGACGGUCGCCUUCUUGUAAUGUUGCAUU